AUGGUUGGUUUACUGGAUUUAAAAAACAGCAUAGGCUUCAUCAGUUUAAACAAGAGGGUGAAUCUGCAAGUAUGCCUUCUUCAGAGGAAAUAAAAAGAGACUGGCUUGAAGAAUCUAUUGAAGAAAAAAUCACUUAUACAGAGGCAGAAAAUUAUGUAAAUAAAAUGUUAAAGUUUUUAUAUGAACAAGAUCCAAAGUUUGGCAAAGUUAAAGAAGAAGUUAGAAUUUUAAGAAAGCUUUACAAGCGGGUUUGA